AUGGCCACUGAGAUGCUCGAAUGCAUCAUGUACGACUCCGAUUUCCCCACCCAUCGCACCGUAUCGCAGGAUCUCCAAUCAUUUUACUGGGUCAUCAUAUACGUCGCCUUCAGACACGCUGCCGACGAUAUCACCUUAGCCAAGAAGUCUGGUGGCACCACCCAUUGUAUUCCGGAGUUCAACCAUGAUCUCUUCCAGGCGGAGUAUGGGAGGCUCUUCGGCGCCUCGAGUGCCAUUGGUCUCGCUGAGCAACGCGAAGCCGCCUUCAACAUUGUACGUCGACGUCCUAUCCUGCAGGGUGCGCCUAGGAAAAAAUACACUCUCACAUACGCCGGCAUCGAGAAUCUGGUCGCAUACCUCUCCUCGAAGGACUUCGCAUUCUCAGACUGGAUCUCGUUCAUAUGGGGACUGUUGCACAGCUGCGAGCCGCUGCAGGACAUCAGGUCGACUGGCGCGAUGUCUAGCCAUUUCGCCGUGUAUUUGGGUAGUACGCUGCCAGUGCGCGUUGUGCAACCAUCUGCCGCCGCGACGCUUCCCGAGCCGCCCGACGUGGUAUCUAGCGACUACGCAAAACGAUUGGAUCACGCCGAAGUCAUCAAAGUGUUGAGGAUGGGGUCGAAGGCUUUCGCGGACGCGAAGGAGGCCGCCGCUGAAGUGCGGUCGACGUGA